UGCGUCUGUACAUAAAAUCCAAGGAAGCAACAACCUUUAGCUACUGAAGCUAGCUGGCUAGCGACCAAGUAGAAGUACCCCAGUGAGAGCUUUGUUUUGAUCGGGGUUUGGCUUUCUCGUUUUUUAAGAGAAGGACAUGACACCCGGAUUCGUUAAAAUAUACGGGUUUUGGGACAUCGGGUUGAAAAGAGUUCGUUUGUGGAGUUCGGCGAGCGGUAAGGGGGCAAUCGGUGUUAGGUAGCUAGUUAACCCGCUGUAACGUUAGCUAACUCUCUUACGUAAAAACAACAGCCGAUCACUGGAGCAAAGACAGGCUUGUGGGUCUGUAGCAAAAAUGUAUCCAAUAUAUCCUAGACUUGAAUGCACUGUAAACUAUUUUAAAAACUAAACUUAGCCUUUGUUGAGUUUAUAUUGUAUCUUAACGAUGAGUUCUCACGAAAGGCCAACUGGAAAUUAAGCUUCUUACUUGCUGAGCACGGAGGACUUUACCCACCGGCUCUCGACUGAACAAAAAAUUGCUGUAGAAUAAUUUUCGUGUUCCCUUAAAAGCCACAUUAUCUGGAAAGCUUCCAUUUGUAGCCGAGAGACAAUAUAAGACCGCGUCCUCGGUGUAAAGGGGGCGUGAGAGGGCUGACAAACAAAAAGCUAAGUACAUAACACCGACCUUCCAACUUACCUCCAAGAAGCCCGGGCCGGUGUUUACAGUGAACCCACGUCCCACUUGCUGGCUUUAUAGGUGGAGAGGUCAUAGUUAACUGUUGGUGGGACUUGGACACGGACCUAUUUUAUCUCGCAAUGAGUCCUAACCUACUUCCAAUGGCUAGCACUGAGAGUAGGGCACAGUCGGAUGAUUGGUUUGACAGCAAGACGAUAAAUGAUAGUUUGCCUUACUUUGGGGUAUGCUUUCUGAGCAGCGUGGGGAGUUAGACUAUCAUUGAACAUUGACUUUCCCUUUGGAAGAAGAAGAUGGAGACGGGAGUAAGGUCACACCAGGGCGAGGUGUUCGUCCACCCGCUCACGAACCCGGGGGCUGCGGGGAUCUUUCCCGAAAUGCUGGAGGUGGCAGAGGAGGCCAACCGGGCUGGGGACUUUAACUUGGCCGUGGAGAUCUACAGCUCCCAGCUCGCAGACCUCCAGCAGCCGGACCGGGGCUUGUGUCUGAGGAAGGCCGAUUCUCUGGCCCGCGCCGGGCGGAUAAAUGAGGCGCUUGACUCGUACUGCACAGCGGCCAGCCUGGGCAAACUGCGCCCGGAGGAGCUUCCCCUCCUGGUGGAAACCAUCGCCCGGACUCUCCGCGAGAAAGAGCUGGGCAUUCCCGGGAUGUUAAACGGGCAUGGUAAAAGCAGCAGCAGCAGCGGGGAAGAUGGGGGGUGUGAAGAGGAUGAAACCCUGGACUUGUUUUCCUGUCACCUCUGCAAGUGUCUGCUCCAUGAGCCCACAACCGUGGAGUGCGGACACACUUUCUGCAAAUGCUGCUUAGACGACGACUCUGUCACAGACUGUAUACACUGCAAACACAAGUUGAACAAAAAAGAUGGGCUGCCAAACGGCCGGAGAUUAAACGUUGUUCUCAGCGGCCUGCUGGAUAAACUAUUUGCAACUGAGAGUAAAGCUAGGAAAUACUGGAUCGAAGGAGAGGUUUUGUGGAAAAAACAGGACCUCUCGGGUGCCUUGGAGAAGUACAAUGCAGCAGUGGAUCUAGUGCCCUCUUCAGGCAGACUGCUGUAUCAGCGGACUGAGUUGCACAUGGAGACGAGGAACUUCAGUCAGGCAUUGCAGGAUGCCAACAGCCUCUGUAGGAUAAAACCUCUCUGGACAAAGGCUCACUUUCUGAAAGCCACGGUACUGAGUAAAGCAGGCCGGAAUGAUGAGGCCUUGCAGGAAUACUUGGUGUGUGUGGCGCUAAAGCCUAACUGGACCAAAGUCAAACUGGCGGCUCAGAAGGUCCUUAGCGAGCUGUUCUCCUCUGUGUUUGAGAAUGAGGACCUGCCAACGCCGCUGCACCCACUGCAGGGGGGAUUGGCCACCAGCCUCAUCAAACCCCCGGCCUUGCUCAGGUCCCUGAGGCCGCUCACACAGAGACCUGGCUCCUCCUCACAGGACUCAGAGUUCAGUGUGACUAAAUGUGCGCCAGUGGAUGACUCAUCCUCCAGACUGUCUGCUCCGUCUCCUGGUAAAUCGGACCCCGCUGCAGGGGAGAGCAGCAACAAGAGCCUGGCCGGCAUUCUGGCUGCACUGCCAGCACCCCCUGGUGGCCUAAAGAGGAAACACAGCGGAGAUGGACCGUCAGCAAUAGGCAACCCUCCCACCAAACUGCUCAGACCUGACGAGGUGAGCAGCUUUCAGACGGCUGCAGUGUGUGGAGGGAGGACAGUUCCUGCUGAGCUUUUGGACAGUGGAGACAUGGAGUGUUCACUUUGCAUGAGAUUGUUCUAUGAGCCGGUGGCCACUCCCUGUGGACACACCUUCUGCCUCAAAUGUCUGGAGCGCUGCCUGGACCACAACCCCAACUGCCCUCUGUGCAAGGAGAAUCUGUCUGAGUAUCUGGCCACCAGGGGCUACAACAAGACCCUGCUGAUGGAGGAAGUGCUGCAGCGUUACCUAGGAGAUGAACUGGCUGAGAGGAAGAAAAUCCAUGAAGAGGAGAUGACGGAGCUGUCAAACUUGAACCAGGAAGUGCCCAUCUUUGUGUGCACCAUGGCCUUCCCCACCAUCCCUUGCCCGCUGCACGUGUUUGAGCCACGCUACCGCCUCAUGAUCCGUCGCUCUAUGGAGACGGGCACCAAGCAGUUCGGCAUGUGCAUAGCUGAUGAACUCAAAGGCUUUGCCGACUACGGCUGCAUGCUGCAGGUGCGAGAUGUGAAGUUUUUUCCUGACGGUCGUUCAGUGGUCGACACCAUCGGUGUGUCGCGGUUCAAGGUCCUCAGCCACGGCCAGAGAGACGGCUACCACACUGCCAAGAUAGAGUACCUGGAAGACAAGAAGGUGGAGGGGGAGGAGCUGGUGGAGCUUCUGAAGCUGCACGACUCUGUGUACGAGCAGGCCAACAACUGGUUCACCUCCCUGAAAGACAAUAUGAAGAGCCAGAUCCUCAGCCACUUCGGACACCUUCCCAGCAAAGACCCUGACCCACAGGCCAGUUCCAGUGGUCCGGCCUGGUGCUGGUGGCUGCUUGCUGUCCUUCCGUUGGAGGGUCGAGCCCAGCUCACCAUCCUGGCCAUGACCUCCCUCAAGGACCGCCUCAUUGCCAUCCGCAGGGUCCUCAUCUUCGUCACGCGCAAGAGGCCGCGGUGAUCGCCCAGCUGCUCGGGAGACAGACCGAAACUGCUCGGGCUUCUAUGCAGUUCAGCAAUUCAUUCACUCAUUUGUUAAUUUGGUCACUCAUCGACUGAUUAAUUCACUCAUUUAUAGACAUGUUUACUCAUUCAUUUAAUUGCCCACUCCUACGUCAAUUUAUUCUCAGAUGCUCAUGAACUCCUUCCUGUGUCAUGCAGCAUUUCUGAGCACACGUCAGUUCUCUUGUGAAGUGGGUCGGGGUGCUGGCAUGAGGGCAUUCCUGGUUUCACGUCUGUCUGUUUGUCUGUCUGUUCAUCCAGCCACCCCCCCACUUGCAUCUUAUCACUGGAUGAAUUGAGCUACAACACACCUCUGAACAAGUGACCUCUCACCUCUUGUUCUCUGUUGAGGCAGAGGUAAAAGCAGUCAGGCCAAGCUGUUUCACUUCUGUUUAGGCCACUUCUGGGUAAUUUACUCUACUCUCUGUUAUGAAGGAACAAAAACCUGUUAUCAGAAAACAGGCAGUGUGAGUGAAAAGGAUCAGGUUCAAGAGGAAUAAUUUUUCCUCCGUACACUAAGCAGUAUUUCACAUAAGCUAAAACAGAAGUUGGCCUGCCACAGAGCCGUGUGGCCUCCACAUCCACAACAUGUGACCGUUUUGUACAUGCACAGUCAAAACAGAAACUCACCUACUAAAAUAUGAAGCAAAAACUCUUGGCAUGACGGCAACACAAAAGUGAAUGUACUGGUCAGGCUGUAGUAUGUUGAUGAUUUUCUCUUUUCUCCCUACUACAUUGCAGAAUCCGUUCGGCAAGUUGCACAUGAGGUCAGAUUCCUGUAUGUGCACAUGCAACAGCUGCUUCACUCUAAAUCUUCCUGACUGAGCCAAAAAUUAAUGUGCAAAAACCUGGAGCUUUCUACCUGCUGCCUCACCCGGCAGUGGGCAUGUACCUCAGACUGUCUGAUAGAAAGUAUCAGGCCCCGUGUGAGUCGUUGUGAUUAUGCCCAUGUUAACACUAAAAACAAAACUGUACAACGUGCGAGAACAAGUGAAACGCUACAAUAACAUGCUCCACUUGUUUUGAAAGGAGAUUCAAGUACGAUUUAAACAUAAGUCGGGCUGUCACACAUGUUCUGGCUGCAUUUUGGAAAAUGCAGAUACGAAUGCAUCCUCUGAGAUGCAGUUGAUCUGGAACUUAAUGUCCUAUUGUAGCAUAUCUGUGGGACUUCAAAUACAGACUUAGUUAUAGGGGUUGAUUGUGUACUUUUUUGUUUGUUUGUGUUUUUGUUUCUCUCUCUGCUUGCCCUUACGUGUAUAUGUAUGGUGAAAUCUUGGGUGAUUUAUAUGUAUAUCAGUGUAACUCGGAGGCCUUUGUAAUGUUUUAUUUAAGGAACGUUUCACCCUCUCUCUCUCUUUUUCUCUUUUUCUUUUUCUCUCUCAGUACAUUUACAUGCACACUGUAACGCAGUUACGGUGCUUAAAGUUGCCCUGGGGAUUUUCUUGUAAACAGUUUGUUUAUAGUCAAUGUUUCUCAAUAAAACACAUUGUGUGUAUUCUCGAGUCCUGACAAAGUUUUGAAUAGGUUUCCUUUUUCAUACAAUAUUUGCAAAGCUGAUUGAUUUUUUUUUUUUUUUUUUUUUUUAAAUACAUUUUUGAAUGUGCAUUGUUUCUUCUUUCUUCCCUGCCUUUACUGGUGCAAUGCCAUGUCUCUCGGUGCUUAGUAUCACCAACUGUUGAUCAGUUGAAAAGCUUGAAACUGUCGGCAAGAAUUUGUCUCCAGAGCGCUACUAGUGGUCAAAAACUGGUUAACGUUGCGCAAUAAUAACCCAAAUUUAUAUGAUGAUUGGAUGAAAGGUAAAACAAUGCAGGUUUGAAAACAUUCAAAACAUCAGCUUUGCAAAUGUUUUUUUAUGAGGAUUCGAUUUGUUUUGGUGAGAAACACUGAAUGUAGACCUAACUGUUUGUUUACAAUAAAAUUCAACAGCGUACCUUUAAAAAGGAAGGAUGAAUGGUGAAGAAUGUGGUGAUGGCUUACAUUUAACUAUCGCUGCAUGUCAUCAAAUGAAAUUGUAUUUACAAGCCACAGUGACUCUGAAGAGUGAAGAGAACUCUAAGCCACAUUAUGCUUAACUUUAAGCCGGUCAAGUUGUUUUCAUAGGACAGCUGUGGUUGUAAUUUCAUGCGUAGCGUGCAUGUAAAUGCACUGUUUCUCUGUAUAAUUCUGUCCUUCCAAAUGUUUGUGACUCCACUGCACUCACUUGUUCUCCAUAUGGGGACGGGGGUUCACAACGUGCUGCAUUUCCCUGGUAUAUUUGUAAAGGGAGAUCUUAUACCUAUUUUUUAUUGCAAAUAAAGAAAAACCCAUUCA